GUAUAUUUACGGAUCGUGAAGGCGACGGCAUGUCUUUAUGGACUAGUUCGUGUACGUUCAUAAAAUUAAUUUAGCCAAACAAGGGAAAUUAGGAAGAUUCAGGUUGGCUUGAGGCCUAGGCAUUCAGGAUUGAAAUGAGAGGUGUUCAAAAAUCAAGACGAUGGAAAGCAGAGCAUCCCAUUAUCAAAGGGCCGAGAUUAGACCCCUCAGAGCGUACCCUCGCCCUGCCCCUCGAGAAUCAGAUGAGGGAACUGGAAGUAGAGGCAAGGGAGAGAAGGAAUAGAAUGAGUAGUACAGAAAACUCCAUUAUCAGGCAGCCAACAAGAGAAACUCCAAUAAUAUACCGCUCAGGGCACACCGUCAAUCUACCUAACAUGAACCAGAAUAGAGAACGGAUAGUCGAAUCACGAGAGAGAAGGGAGAGAUGUCGUAGUAGAGAAACUCCCAUUUUGGGGGAGCCCAGGGAUUAUUCCUCGGGACACACCUUCAGUUUACCUCUCGAGAAUCAUCUUGAAGAAGGAGAACCCGAUUCCAUAACUGAUCAGCAACCAAUAUAUACUAUCUACACAGAGGUAAUAGAGGAACAACCAACAAAUCAUAAUAAUGGAGGGGGAGGCGAAUUUCUGCAUGAUGAGAACCGGAUGAGGGAACUGUCGGCCAGUUCGCCACCGCCGCCAUCAUAUGCUCAACUGAUCAGACUGUUGGUGUCAGCCUGGAUGUUUUGUGGUCUCCGAAAACUUCUAAUUUAG